GGAUUCUGGAGGAUAGAGUUCUUUGUUUACUAUGGGUGGUUGUGGUAGACUAGACUGGUAAGUUAGUAUGGAGAGGAGAUGGAAAGCGACAAGCGGAUCGACCCUCAAUUGCUUGCGGGGAGGGCGAUGGUCGCCUCAGGCAUAAACACCUUCAACAUCUCCGCUGCCCUGUCGAACUCCGCCAACCACCGCCUUCAUUGCGCCCGCAUCUUGAUAUAGCAAGCAAUACCUCACCAUCACCACCACCACCUCCACCUCAUCUGCCCUCUCUUCUUGGACUGGGAUAGACCUUUCCUCUUCACCCUCCACCAUCAUCCCGCCAAAGAAUCCGAGCAGACACCAAAAUGUCCUCCCUCACUCCGGAUCAGAUCAAGACCCUCGAGCAAUCGCGUCAACGCCUCGUGCAACUGACGCAUUCCCUGGCCUCGUUGAUCACCAGUUUGAACCAGAGUGAUCCCCUGCCGUCAUGGACCUCCCUCCAAUCCCAGGCCACAAUCAUCAGCAACAACCUCCUCACCAUCUCCGACCACCUCUCGGACAACCGCGACCUCCUCGCCACCCUCGUCGCCUACCCAAGCCCCUCCUACCCCUCGCGCAACCCGGCCAACACCGUCGCCCUCGAGCAGCUGCUGCGCACCAAGCUCGAUCCCCGGGUCGAGGACUGGGUCGCGCGCGGCCGGAAGGCCGCUGGGGCUGCCGGGAAUGGUAAUGGGCUGGACGAUCUGGGCGCGCUCGCCGAGCUGUGGGAUUGGGCGCCGGUGGAGGCGAACCAGGAGGCGCGGCGGAGGAAUUGGGGUGGCAAUUUUACGCUGGAGGAGCGGGAACAAGGGGUCGGGAAUGUGGUGACGGGGUUGAGGCGGGUGUUGGAGGAUGAUGACGAUGACAGUGAAAGUGAGGAGGGGGAGAGUGGGGAGGAGGAAGGGGAGGGGGAGCCGGAUGAGAUGGAGAUUGUUGGGGUGAGGAGGAAGUCUGGCGUGGGGCAGGGGUUGGAGUUUGAUAUUGCCCCGGUUUCUGCUACUGCUGCUUCUGGCCCGGGGCAUGCGGGGCAGCAGAAGGUUGUGGCGCCGGUUGUGCCGUUGGAUGAGAUUUUGCGGUUUAUGACCGUUGGGAUUAUGCCGAGUCAGAGGUGAUGAUGCUCGUUACAAUGGUUACAAGCGUUACAAGGAGCGGGGGAGAAGCGGACUAAGAAUUAUCUGGGUUAAAGAAGCUAAGAAAAAGGAUGUGAGGCCACUCAACCACGUCGCCGGGUGGUAGGAGUCUUGCCGGAUGGCUUGGGCGAGGAAAUGCCCGAGCUGGUGGCGGUAGGCUUCGGGGUCGCGACGCCCGCGGCGCUGGCGCUGGCAAUAGGCUUGCCCUUGGUCUGCUUCUUGACCUGCGACUUGGCCGGGCUGUUCCAGUAGUACAGCAUCUGAGCCGCGAGGAUCAAGUUCAGCGAGAAUCCGGCAAUAAAUCCGUACAGGAUCAGCUUGUCGUCCACCUCCUGCAGAGUCGUGAAAAUGCGCGACAGAGAACCGGCGAGAUAGUUGAAGACCUGGAAUCAAGACAAUUAGCUAUAGUGCGCAUGGCGAGACACCAAAUCAGAACGAACUUACGGCAAAUGCACUCAGCUGGCCAGUGCCAC